CGCAUCACAAAUAGUUUAAGAUAAUUUAAAACUACAUCGCUUUCACUUUCAUUUUCCUGCUUUCAUUUGAAAUUAAUGAAAAUGAUUGUCGGUGUAAUUUACUUGACGUUUAUUUCUUCUAUUUUUGGACAUAUUCACAACAAACUGACAACGUUUUAUUAACCUUUAAGCCAACCUUUACCAGGAGGAAAAUGGAAAUUUGAACAGCUACAAAUCCUUGAUAACUGCGAAAACUUUCUCUGCUGAGGAAGAUCGUGUGAUGCGAUAAAAAGCCCCAAACCAGCUACCAAUGCACCUUGUGAAUCUCGUCGGCUGUACAUCCUGAAGAAUUAAUAAAAAAGAUGUACCAGUAUGAUGUGAAGUGCCAUGUCAAGGGAAACAUUUCCAUUCUCUUCUACCUCACUGCGCUCGCUGAGACUGGAGCAAGAGUUCCAAGACUGGGAGGAUGCACGGCGGGCGGUAGCCCAUAGGAGAGCCAUGAGCAGGGCUCCGUUGCCCAGGGCCCCCAGGCCUCCACCCAGACAGCAGCGGCUCCAGGAGGUCCGGGCCCCUCCGCCCCAGAUCCGGUGCAGAGAUGUGGCCGUCCACAACACGUUCAUGUGUGGGGACAUGAAAGGGGUGUAUGCGGUGCUGAAGGACCCUGGAAUGGUCAACGCCCUGAUGGAGACGGUGCAUGAGGAGAUGGUGUGGGCUCCAGAGAUGGGCAUGUGGACGCUGAGCUCCAAGGUGAAACAGACUUCAGCUUUACGUCUGGCUGCCAGCAGAGGACACACAGGAUGUGUGGAGGAGCUGCUGUUCCGCGGGGCCGAGGUGAACGACGACCCCGGAGGCAACACCGCCCUCCAUGAUGCCUGUAUAGGCGGCCACGACGUGUGCGUCCAGCUGCUGCUCUCUCAUGGAGCAGAUCCUGAAGUGUUGGCCGCAGAUGGCAGCGCUCCUCUUCACCUCUGCACAUCUGCUCAGUCAUUCCAGUGUGCUAAGCUGCUUUUAGAAGGUGGUGCAGAGGUCAAUGUGAGAAACAAGGAGUCGAGGCUCACACCUCUGCACGUCGCCGCUCGGCGAGGCCUUGAGGAGCACGUGGAGCUCUUCCUCUCCCACGGAGCAGACGUUUUAGCCACAAACCAAGAGGGAGAGACCCCUCUGAACGCUGCGUGCGGCGGGGCAGAGAGGCUGUCUGAGGCGGGCCGCUAUCUCCGUGUGAUUCAAAAGCUGCUGGAUGCCGGAGCUAACCCCCGAACUGCGGGCAGGAAGCAGCACACCCCCCUGCACAACGCCUGCUCAAACUGCUGCCACAGGAUUGUAGAUGUCCUCUUGCAGCAUGGAGCCAAGGCAGACGUCGCCAACUGUGCAGGAUACACGCCAAUGGACUGUCUGUUGCAGGUGGUUGAAGAUUACCCGGACCAGCAACCUGAAGCAAUAGCACGGUCCCUCCUGAACCACGGAGCCAAGCCUGUUUCACCAAAGAUGCUGAAGCAGUGUGUCCUCUCUAUUUCCACUUUGGAGGUGAUGCUGAACUCGUACACAUCCGUCCCUCCCUGUGAAUGGAUGGACUCUCUGUCUGACGAGAUAUACGAGGAUCACCCGUGUUUCUUUGACUUGGUACGUCAGCGGAGCGGUCAGCCUCGCUCUCUGCAGCAUCUCUGUCGCUGCGCUUUACGGCAGCACUUGGGAGCCGGGUGCUACUCAGCGGUCAGUAAAGUGGAUAUUCCCGGCUCUGUGAAGGAUUAUCUGCUGCUGUGUAAUGAUGGGACGCUCCAGUGAAUUGAUUUUUUUUUUAUUGCAUACAUUAACAACAACAGGAUGGUGCUUGCAGUCUACUUUAGAUGACAAUAAUUUGUUUCUGUUGUUUUCUCAUUUUUUAACUUGUUUUUGUCAGCUUUGAAAUGCUUUUAAUUGAACUGUUUAUGUUUGGACGAUGUCUAAGUGAAGUGAAUCAGGAGACUUUUGUUUCUGGAGUUUCUUCAAGAAAACACAAAUAAAAACAACAUUACCUCCUACUGGAUUAUUAA